CAGAGUAAUUCCACCCCCUCCCCCCCACCCGCCUUCCUCCCUCGCCCCCGGAGUGGGCCAGCCAUGUGGAGAAACCUUCAUCCAGACGAAGUUGUGGGGAAUGUCACCGUUGGUCCGGGGUAACCAACUAACCCUGCUGCUAGCUUCUGGGGGGAGACACACACUGGUUUUGGGAUCCAUCCAGUCCUGCAACCCUCACCCGCGCUACAGCACCUAAUUACUCUAGAUGGAAAGAUUUUUUGCCAGUGGGGAUGGGAUGCGCGAGCACACUCGCUCGCAUACAUAAGGAUGACUGCUCCCCUCCUCUUUCCAUUCCGCUCAGUGUCCUCGCAGCUCAACCUGGUCUCCCUCCCAGAGCAUCACAGAAGAAGAAGAAGAACAUAGCAGCAGCAAGCAGCAAGCAGCAAUGGGUAUCCUCGCCAAAGUCGAAGAUCGGCCAACGCCUCAGAAUGUCUACAACUGGCGAGUCUACUUUUCGUCGGCGGUAGCCGCGUUCGCCGCCGUCACCAUCGGCUACGAUUCCGCCUUCAUCGGCGGCACCAUCGCGCUACCCUCGUUCCGCCGCGAGUUCGGCCUCGACAAGAUGGCGCAGACGGAGGUCAACUUCCUGUCGGCCAACAUCGUGUCGACGUACCAAGCCGGUUGUUUCUUCGGUGCGCUGAUGGGUUACCCCAUCGGCCAGCUGUACGGCCGCAAGAAGGGUCUCAUGUUCGCUGGUCUCAUCUUCGUCAUCGGCGCCGCAAUGAUGUUGGGCGCCGACUCCGCCCGCGGUCUCGGUCUCAUCUACGGUGGUCGUGUCAUCGCCGGUCUCGGAAUCGGUUGCGCUUCCAACUUGACGCCUAUCUACAUCGCCGAGCUGUCUCCCCCCGCAAUCCGUGGUCGUCUGGUCGGUCUCUACGAACUCGGAUGGCAAAUCGGUGGUCUCGUCGGUUUCUGGAUCAACUACGGUGUCAACCAGGGCAUGCCUUCCGACCGCACCCAAUGGCUCGUCCCCUUCGCCGUGCAGCUGAUUCCCGGCGGUCUCAUGGCCGUCGGCUGCUUCUUCAUCCGCGAGUCCCCCCGCUGGCUCUUUAGCAAGGGCAAGCGCGAGGAGGCGCUGCAGAACCUGUCGUGGGUCCGCAACCUGCCCAUCGACCACGAGUACCUGAUCGAGGAGGUUGCCGCCAUGGACCGCCAGCACGAGGAGCAACUCGCCACCGUCGGCGACGGCUUCUGGGCCCCCUUCAAGGCCGUCUUCGGUAACCCCCAGCUCAUCAAGCGUCUGCUUCUCGGAGGAUCCCUCUUCAUCUGGCAGAACGGUUCCGGAAUCAACGCCAUCAACUACUACUCCCCCACUGUCUUCCGCUCCAUCGGUGUCGUCGGCACCUCCGCCGGUCUCCUCACCACCGGUAUCUUCGGUGUCAUCAAGACCGUGAUCACCCUGGUCUGGCUUCUGGUCCUUGUCGACAACGCCGGACGCAAGAUGAUGCUCCUGAUCGGUUCCCUCGGUGGUGGACUCUGCAUGUACGCGGUCGGCGCGUACAUCGCGAUCGCCAAGCCGGCCGAGAACCCCACGACCAAACUCAGCUCCGGCGGUAUCGUGGCGAUGUUCUUCUUCUACCUCUGGACCGCCUUCUACACGCCGUCAUGGAACGGCACUCCCUGGGUGAUCAACGCCGAGAUCUUCGACCAGCACGUGCGCACACUGACGCAGGCCUCCUGCGCAGCCAACAACUGGUUCUGGAACUUCAUGAUCUCGCGGUUCACGCCGCAGAUGUUUGCGGCCAUGGGCUACGGCGUGUACCUGCUCUUUGCGUCGCUCAUGCUCCUGUCCAUGCCCUACGUAUACUUCCUUGUCCCCGAGACCAAGGGUGUGCCCCUCGAGGAUAUGGACCGCCUCUUUGGCAAGGACGUCAAGCCCUGGAACGCCCAUGCCAUCGUCAUGGCCGAGGUCCGUGCGAGGAACGGUAUGGACGGUGGUGAUAUCGAGACUGGUCGCUUCGACUCCGGCGAUGAGGACGUUAAGGGCGAUGUUCGCGUUGAGAACAAAUAGACGGGUUUAUCCAUAGAGCUGGAUGAUUUCUGAGGGGGGGUGUGUGUUUUUGUAUGUACAUAGGGGAGGGGAUGCGGGGUGGAGUAGUGGGUGUUGCGAUAAACUUUUUAUGAACUGAAUCGCGAAUUCCUCCCAUACAUGGACCAUGGUGGUUGUUGUUGUGUGCAUGGCUGGCAUGACGUGACGUCGGGACAGACAUCGUUUGCGUUUGUUUGCGCUUCGGCAAUGCGAUGAAGUGACAGUGUGACACGCGGGAUGGUAGCCGGAAAACACACCUUCCUCAAGCUUUCACUUCUACGUAAAGUAGAGUACUUGCCCCGCCCUGCCCUCAUGGCACCACCACC